UAGGAGCAAAUCCAGAGGACCUGAUCCUGCUUCCUGCUGGAAUCCCAGUGAUGCCGGUGGGAAGGUGGGACCGGGAUGUGCCAGAGCAGCACAAAUCCCAUCCCACAGCAAAGAGGUGGUUAAAGCUUCCCCCAGGAGAGGGCACAAGAACACAUGGAGAUCCUCUCCUUAAGAUGUCCUUUGUCUUUAGCCAUGGGACUUGCUUGGUCUUGGUGUGUUUCCCACUUUCAGCUCCCAGGGAAUCAACAACGUGCCAUAUCCCAUGUCAUGGAAUCAUGGAAUCAUGGAAUGAACCAGGCUGGAGAAGACCUUUAAGCUCAAGUCCCAACCUUCACCCAAGGCCACCCUGAACCCAUGUCACUGAGGACCUUGUCUCCAUGCCCAGAACGUGACGGUGGAUGAAAUCAUGACUGCCUACAAGCAAGCCUGCCAGAAACUCAACUGCAAGCAGAUCCCCAAGCUGCUGAAGCAGAUACAGGAGUUCAAGGAGCUGGCUCCCAGGAUAGACUGCUUGGAUCUCAAAGGGGAGAAGCUGGAUUACAAGGCCUGUGAGGCUCUGGAGGAGAUCUUCAAGCGGGUCCAGUUCAAGAUCGUGGAUCUGGAGCAGACGAGCCUGGAUGAGGACGGAGCCUCGGCGCUCUUCGACAUGAUCGAGUACUACGAGUCGGCCACGCACCUCAACAUCUCCUUCAACAAGCACAUCGGCACCCGCGGCUGGCAGGCGGCUGCGCACAUGAUGAGGAAGACCAACUGCCUGCAGUACCUGGACGCCCGGAACACGCCGCUGCUGGACCACUCGGCCCCCUUCGUGGCGCGGGCGCUGCGCAUCAGCAGCAGCCUCGUGGUGCUGCACCUCGAGAACGCCUCCUUGUCCGGGCGCCCGCUCCUGCUGCUGGCCACGGCUCUGAAGAUGAAUAUGAACCUACGGGAGCUCUACCUGGCUGACAACAAGCUCAACGGGCUGCAGGACUCGGCUCAACUGGGCAACCUGCUCAAGUUCAACUGCUACAUCCAGAUCCUGGACCUGAGGAACAACCACAUCCUGGACUCGGGCUUGGCGUACAUCUGUGAGGGGCUGAAGGAGCAGAGGAAGGGGCUGGUCACUCUGGUUCUAUGGAACAACCAACUGACCCACGCUGGCAUGGCCUAUCUGGGAAUGACGCUGCCUCACACCCAGAGCCUGGAGACCCUCAACUUGGGCCACAAUCCCAUUGGGAAUGAAGGUGUCCGCAACCUGAAGAACGGGCUCAUCGGGAACCGCUCCGUGCUCCGCCUGGGCUUGGCGUCCACCAAGCUGACCUGUGAAGGGGCCGUGGCCGUGGCCGAGUUCAUCGCCGAGAGCCCGCGGCUGCUGCGCCUGGACCUGCGGGAGAACGACAUCAAGACCGGGGGGCUCAUGGCCCUGUCGCUCGCGCUCAAGGUCAACCACUCGCUGCUGCGCCUCGACCUGGACCGCGAGCCCAAGAAGGAGGCGGUGAAGAGCUUCAUUGAGACCCAGAAGGCUCUGCUGGGCGAGAUCCAGAACGGCUGCAAACGCAACUUCAUCCUGGCCAAGGAGAAGGAGGAGAAGGAGCAGAAGCUGCAGCAAUCGGCCUCCAUGCCCGAAAUCACCAUGUCCGAGCCUCUGGAAGAGGCUCCAGCCGAGGCCAUCCCGGACGGCAGCGCCGGAUCCACUCGGGAAGAGGGAGAAGAACCAGAGGAGGAGGCGAUGGCCUCGGAGAACGGGGACACGGAGCCAGUGGAGCGGGAUGAUGACCAGGACCAGGACAAGGACAAUGACAGGGAUGAGGUGACGGACUCGGACACGGACACGGAUGAGGAUGAGGAUGAUGCUGCUCCCUUGGAGAUGAAGGAGCUCAAUGACUCCACCGACGGUGUCCUCGUGUCCCCGGCCCCACCGCCUGCGCCGGGCAUCCCUGAGGAUGCUCCCGCCGGCACAGGGAAUGCCGCGGCCCCCGCUCCAUCCCAGGGACACGAGAGGAGGAUUUCGGUCUCCAGCCCUGGCCGAGGCCACAAAGUCUUUGUGGUGACACGAGUGGAGCCGGUGCCGGAGCGGGAUGAGGACGCUGAUCCCAGCGGGAAAACCGAGCCCCAGGGCCCUGCUCCCGCCUCCACAGCUCAGCUCCCGGGGCCCUGCGCCAAUGGAGCUGUUCCCGACGCUCCCGCUGGAUCCGAGGCGCUUCCCAAUGGCCUGAAGGUGGAUUUUGCACGAGCGCUUCCGGAGGUGGCCUCGGAAAGCGAUGGGAAAGUGGGAAGCUGUGGAGCGGAGCAUGAGUUGAGCUGCUCCAAGAACGAGCAGGAGCUGGAGGAGCUGCUCCUCGAGGCCAGUCAGGACACGGGGCAGGAGCUGCCCUGAGCACCGUCCAUGCCAUCGAGGGGAGGCUCCGGAGUGGUUUUCUCCUCUUCCCGACGGAGAAUCCAGUGUUGGGCUCCAGGACAAAGGGUUCUUUCAAACCAAACUGAUGUUUCCCAAACCCAUUCCCAGCCCUCGGCCUCUUCCCCACAUUCCCGAGUGGAAAGGCGGGAAGGGAAAGAGGGAAAAGCCCUGGAUGGGGACAUCCUGAUGGACACUACGUGGCACCUUCGCCUUCCCUUUUCCCAUCUUUCUCUAUGGAGGAGAUUCCCACACUACAGGGACCGAGGUGGCGGAAUCCUGCAGGAUUCCUGGGACAGGCUGUGGCAUUCCCAGCCACUGUGCUUAUUUAUUUGGAAUUCCUUCUUUUUUCCCCCCUUCUUUCUCCCUUAGUUUUCGGGAUCUAUUUAUCAUCGGCUGCAACGUUCCUGCCUGGGGAUGUAGAGGAUGCUCUUAGAAUCCAGCAACUCCUUCCAUCUCAAUUCCUGCUCUUGGGAAUACCGGGAAAACCACCCCUAAACCCCCCACCAAGCAGCAUUGGUGGAGCCCCCCCCCCCCCAUUAUAACCCCCCCCCCCUCGCAGCCAAAGUGGGGAACCCCCCUUUGAGUGGGAAUAAGGAUCCAAAGCGGGGCUGCUUCCAGGUUGGAAUUCCCACCGUUGGGAAUGCCGUUCCCAAGGGCCGGGCUGGAUUUCUCAGGGAGGGGGACGAGGGCUCGG